AUGAGUGCUGUACGAGUAUAUCACACAGCAUCGAUCUUAGAAAAUGGAACAGUAUUAGUUAUAGGUGGGUCUAAUAGUACUGCUACUCAUGAUAGUGUUGAAUUGUACGAUUCAUUAACUAACACUUGGAUUAGCAAAUCAAAUAUGAAAGUCCCAAGAGAAUAUCACACAGCAACUAUACUCACUAAUGGAUUUGUGUUAGUCACAGGUGGUUGGGAUAGGACAAGCAGUAAAAAUACUGCUGAAUUAUAUAAUCCAGUAACAAAUACGUGGCAACUAAUAGAAAGUAUGAGUAUAAAACGCAGUUAUCAUACGGCAUCCAUUCUGGUAAAUGGAACAAUAUUAAUCACAGGAGGAGAAUCUAAUGGAACUGACAUCAACUUUAGUUCUGAUUUAUAUUAA